CUAAAAACAAAAUAUCAUUCAUCCUAAACUUAUUCCCAAAGCUCCGUUCUUCUCCACUUCUCUACCCCAUUCCUUUCUUUUUCUUCCCACGACCGAGACCCAAAGCCGAACCAAACCAAUAAGACCCGACGCGAUUCCGAUCUCCAAACGCCGACUACGACGACCGAUGAGACUAAAUCCCCCCUAAAUCGACCUUAAAUCUUCAAAGGAUCUCUCCUACCUCUCGGUUUUCCAGUUUUCAGAGACUUGAACCGCCAACUACCCCCUAAGAUCAACCAAACGAGACCCUAACCGAUAACCUCCCUGUUGACUAGCUCCUAACCGGCGAGAAGAAAAGACAACUAAGGGAUAUGAACUCUUACAUAAUAUGAAACCCUUUGUUAACCAGGUCUUAGCUUAUGCACAACAGUAUAGGGAAUGUUCAAAUUAUGAACUGGAAUCUCUAAGUGAAAGGAUGCAGGAACAUAUCAGGCAGAUUGAUCGAGAGAGUAAACAGUCCUUAAAGGGCUAUACUGGUCCUACUGUUGCCGAUGGUAUGCAACCUAUCACAAGGGGAUCCCAAAAAGCUAUUGAGGUGGUUAUGCAAUCUAUAGCAAAGGGAAAGGUCCAAACCAUACGACAAGGUUAUCUUUCAAAACGUUCCUCAAACCUGAGAGGUGAUUGGAAGAGAAGGUUUUUUGUUCUUGACAGUCGAGGGAUGCUGUACUACUAUCGUAAACCGUUUGUCUGGUCUUCUGCAGGUAGAAGUCAGUGUACAGUACAAAGGACUAGUUAUGAAAAUGGUCCUGGGCUGCUGAGUCGAUGGCUUUCUAACCAUUACCAUAGUGCUAUACAUGAUGAAAAAUCUGUUACACGUCACACAGUAAACUUGUUGACAUCAACAAUCAAAGUUGACGCAGAUCAGUCAGAUUUAAUGUUCUGUUUCAGAAUUAUCUCACCAACCAAAAUCUAUACAUUGCAGGCAGAAAAUGCACUAGACCAGAGGGAUUGGAUUGAAAAAAUAACUGGGGUGAUUACAUCAUUAUUGAGUUCCCAAACACCUGAAAAGAGUGAUAGUUCACAAGUGGAGUCCCCUGAUGCUUAUCACACAGCAACUGGACAACAUAUACCUAAGGUUCCCUCCACUGGAAGUCUCCUAGAUAUGCCUAAAAGUUCGCAGCAUCAAGAAUAUUCUGCAAAAAGUGAAAAGCCAAUUGAUUUAUUAAGAAAAGUUGCCGAGAAUGAUAAAUGUGUCGAUUGUGGUGCACCUGAGACAGACUGGGCAUCGUUAAACCUUGGUCUACUCAUAUGCAUUGAAUGUUCUGGAGUUCACCGCAAUCUUGGCGUACAUGUAUCCAAGGUAAGAUCUCUGACACUUGAUGUUAAAGUGUGGGAACCGUCUGUCUUGGCUUUGUUACAAUCACUGGGAAAUAUCUAUGUGAACUCAAUCUGGGAGGAGUUGCUGCAGUCAGGACAUACAAGAACUGUCAUACCUAUGGGUUCUUCGAAGCCUGAAGGACAAAAGCAGCUUCUCAAACCGAAACCUACUCGGGAUGACCCAAUUUCAGUGAAUGAGUUGUUCAUUAAUGCAAAGUAUGCAGAGAAAGCUUUUGUUUCUAAGAUAACGGAUAAUCUGAGCCCCCUUUCGGUAGCUGAAGAGGUGUGGGAAAGUGUUCUUUCUAAUAACUCAAAGGCUCUAUACCGCCACAUUGUUUGCUAUGGAGCAGAUGUCAAUACAAUUUCUGGGCAUGCAUCAUAUUUUUACUCUCUGCAUCAGUCCUCGAGAUCCUUGAGCUCGACAAAUGAAAGUAAAGAGGAGCAUUCCGACGGUUGUUCGUUGCUUCAUCUCGCCUGCUUAAACACGAAUAUUAGCAUGGUGGAGCUACUGCUUCAGUACGGCGCAAAUGUAAAUGCAUCCGAUUCAAGAGGCCGAGCGCCGCUCCAUCUUUGUAUCAUUGGCAGGAAUUUUGCAAUAGCAAAGUUUCUUAUUGCAAGUUGUAAAAAGCGCGCCUGAGGCACAAAAGCGUAGAGGCUCACUGAACGGGGCUUUUUCAACACUGAAGCGAGGCACGUAGCCUAGGCGUACCUAAGCUCAGCGAGGCGUAGCAAGGCUCUGAGGCGCGAGGCUCAGUCGAGGCGUGAUGUGGGCUUAAAACCUUGUGUUCCUUCAUCGAAAUCCCCACCGGGGUUUGCAAAUCGGGCCUCGACUCGAAGAACUCGAUGAUUUUCUCUUGUGUUUCCUUAUUUUUCCCUCUCAUGUAGCUCUUCAGGGAGGCUUUGUCGACCUCGAGUUUAUUGGUCGACUUGGCGUACGUUAGCAUGUUGAGUUGGGGUGAAGGUUGGAGCGGUGGAAGUGGGGUCAGGUGAAGGGACAGCCACUGGAUACGGCGGUUCACGGCAGCGAUGGAUGGGUGUUGUUCGUCCUCCGCUGUCUUAUUUGGGUUCAUUUUCUACAAAGAACAAAAAGGUCGGUGAGGGGGAUUUUGAACGGUGGUUUGUCUUCGUACGAAUAAGAAAGUGAAGAAAAGGAGGAAGUGACUAGUGAGUAAUUUUAAACACAAAAGCUAUAGUAACAUGUCGUAUUUUGAUUGGCGGGAA